AUGGCAAAACUGAAAGUUGCAGGGACAUGGGGAGGCGUGAUCGAGGUGGAACUCGGGAAUUGGACUCUACUCAUGUUGAGAGAAGAAGUCGCUAAGCGAUCAGGCCUCGAUCCUGACUCCAUCAAACUAAUUUGCGCCGGAAAAAUCCUCAAAGAUGACGGCGAUGCUACUCAGACGCUUGCGCAAUUGGGUAUUAAGGAAAACUCCAAAAUCCUCUCCAGUCGUGGUGCUGCUCCCGAAGAAGGCAAGUCUCUCAUGGCCGAGGAAGAAAGGUCCAGACGUCUCUCACGUAUCAAAGCUGCAGCUACUGCCUUGUCCAAGAGACACGCUGAUGGUUCAUUGCCGAUCGAAGACUAUAACAUAGAGCUGGAGGAUCAGGGAGGUCAUACAGUAAAGUUUGGAACGGAGACUGAUCAGCGUGCAGCAAUGAUGGGCCUUAUGUUACAUACCAAGGGAAAAAGUCUAAUAGGAAUGGAAAUGUAUUCUGAUGCAGUGGAAGUGCUUGCCAUGGCAGAGGAAUCGUUCUUGCUCUGUGAUCCCAAGAUUCUCGAGUUUGUUGACAACAUCCCUAUAAUGGAAAUCGACAUUGUAUGGUGCUAUUUCUUGCUCCGGGACGUCAAAUGCCUGUCAGAUGCUGGUGUUCGCCUUGAAAAAGCAAGGAAAGGACUCGAGCGUGCUCAUGGGAAGGACCUCUCUCGUGUGAGACUCCUCCAAGCUGGCCAAUGUCCCGAAUUGGCACUAUAUGUGAGACUAGAGUUACUCGAAGGUGUAGUGGCAUAUCACACUGGUCAACAUGAUAAAGCCUUGAAUACUCUGAAGUCCGCCCAUGCAAAAUUGUUGCAGCUCCAAGUACCUGAUGAAACGCUGUCCUUAGUUAUGGGUAUGGGCUUCCAGGAGAAGGAUGCUAAGAGAGCUUUGCGACUGAACAAUCAGGAUAUUGCGAGUUCUGUUGAUUUUCUAAUUGAAGAGAGGGCAAAAAGAGCUCAAAAGCGGAAGGAUGAUCUCAAGAGACAAAAAGAAAUACUUGAGCAGAAAACGUUUGGAGUGACUCCCAUGAAUAAAGCUGUUGAUAUGCAAAUGCUUGACAGGCUCGUCUCUAUUGGAUAUGCGAGGGAUCUUGCUGCUGAAUCUCUUCGGAGAAAUGAGAAUGAUUUUCAGGAAGCCCUUGAUGCACUUACAAACCCAAAAGUUAAUUCGAGUAUACAGGUAUACAUUGAAACAAGGAAAAGAAAACGACAAGAACAACGAGCUGGCACAACAGUGGAAGAACUUGUUUCUAUGGGCUUUGGACGUGGACAAGCAACCUCUGCUUUAGAGGCAGGUGGCAGCCGAGAGGAUAUCAUCCAAAGGCUACUAUCUUCAUCUGCAGCAAACCCAGGAAUGGCUCCUCUUACAGACAAUGGCGGUGCAGAGAGUAGUACCAACAAUGUGGCUCGAGAAAGCAUAUCCAAUGAAAUGGAUGGUGAGGCAGAGCAGGAGCACUCUGAGAUGAAAGAUGAAGCAAUGGAUGAGAUUGCAAACGAAGGAAGCACAUCCGGUGAACCCAAUGGUGGUGAAGAUCGGGACUCAGAGAUAGAAGAAGAAAUAGCAGAUGAGAUUGCACAGGUUGAUGCUUUGUCAGCUUAUGAUAUCAGUCUUGACAGGGAAAUUGAAGCUAUAAAUGAGUACCUGGACAUGUUAGAUGCAUCCCAGGAUUCUCCUUGA